GGGAGGAGGGCUUACUUUCUGAUCCCUCCGCUGUGAAAAACAGUUCUACUUUUGGGACAACACUGGAAGUUAUGUCAUGAGUAAAAUUGCUUCCGACAACCUUUUUUUGUUUUAAUUUGCGGAUGCAAAGCUCUUUAUUGAUCAAAUACUUGGAAUUAAACCGUCUUUCUCUAACUCUGUGGCGGAUGGAUAUGACGAGUCUUAAUUUUCAGUGGAGGGAUCUACCUGGACACUCGAAAAUCCACGGAUUCCCUGAGCUGCCACUGGAGAAGAUUCUGCAAGACAAAUACACACAGUUACCCUGGUGGACACUUAACAACUCAACUAAGGCCAUGCAGUAUGCUAGGGCAGUGUGGGAGGAAAAUGGCAAGGAGAUGGAGGGGACUAUACCGGAGGUGUGGAUAAACAUGGAUGAAGGAACAGUGAGGUGGCCGAAAAAGAAAGAGAAAUAUUGCUAUGAUAACCACGUGCCACCAAUGAAAGACUGGGACACAUUCCGAUUAAUCAAAAAGAAAUUCACCUCAGAAAGUGUUAGUGAGUGUGACGAGUAUAAUUUCACCAGUCAAGCAGAAGAUAAGGAGGAAGAGGAGGAAAUGGUAUCUCGUAAGAGGAAAAAAACAACAAAAAAAUUAGAUGAUUUUAUUGAGGGAUCUGACCUAUCUGAUGAAGAUAUUCUUGGGGCAGAGAGUGAAGAAAGGAUGGGAGAUGUAAACCUGGAAAUACCCCCCUUUCCCAUGCCACCAAAACCAAUGAGGACAUCUGAGAAUGGUUCACCAAGGUCCCAUGGCCAGGGAGAGUUAACCAACUGUUCAUCGAGGUCUGUGGACCAAGACAAGUCAACCAGUCGUACACCAAGGUCCCAUGGCCAGGGAGGUUCAACCAACCAAUCAUUGAGGUCUGUGGACCGGGACAGGUCAACUAGUCGUACACCAAGGUCCCAUGGCCAGGGAGGUUCAACCAACCGAUCAUUGAGGUCUGUGGACCGGGACAGGUCAACUAGUCGUACACCAAGGUCCCAUGGCCAGGGAGGUUCAACCAACCGAUCAUCGAGGUCUGUGGACCGCGACAGGUCAACUAGUCGUUCAUCGAGGUCUGUGGACAGGGACAGGUCAACUAGUCGUUCAUCGAGGUCUGUGGACCAAGACAAGUCAACCAGUCGUACACCAAGGUCCCAUGGCCAGGGAGGUUCAACCAACCGUCGACCAAGGUCCCAAGGCCGGGGAAGGUCAAUCAACCGUUCAUCGAGGUCUGUGGACAGGGACAGGUCAACUAGUCGUUCAUUGAGGUCUGUGGACAGGGACAGGUCAACCAGUCGUACACCAAGGUCCCAUGGCCAGGGAGGUUCAACCAACCAUCCUCCAAAGAAAAGGUCUUUCCAUACUACAGAGAAGUUCCCCAUUCCAGAAGCGAAAUUCCAAAAAAUUGUAGUGACAAAUUUUGUGAAACUACAUGAGGAAAUAAAAAAGCUGCAGAGGAGCAGUGAGCCUUACUCUGCAAGUCUUGUAGAGAGGAUAAAGUCCCUGGAGGAGUUCAAGGAGAAGGAGUCUUCUCUGCAAAAUCAGGGCCAUUUUGAUACCUUGGUUUGUCAACUGUCAAGAGUGGGUGGGAAAGAUUUAAAAGACUGCACGCACAAAGUUCUCGACAGGCUCUUCACCAAUGAAGUGAUGGCACUGUUAAAUAUGAAAGGGAAGGGGAAGAAAGACAAGAUGGGGAUAGAGGACACCAACCUGUUCUCAGCAAUAAAAGCUGCUGUCAUGAAGUGGGACCAAUCCGCAACUGAAGCAGCGAUAAGGGCUGCAGCAGGUGAUCAUUUAAAACAUGCCCCUGGAAGGGUGGGAGGAGGAGGUCUAGUUGUUCCUGAGGGAGGGAAGGACGGAUGGGAAGGAAGGAAUGAAUGAAGGGAGGGAGAGAAGGAAGAACAGGAGGAAGUAAGGAAGGAAGGAAUUGCAAUGUUUGUCUUUUGUUGUUUUUUGUUUUUUUACCAUCACCUUUUUCCUCAAAAGACUUGGUUAAGUUAUAUACUUGUUCCAAAACUGUUAUUAUAUAUGUUAAAAACUGUUAUUAUAAUUAGAGUGGAAUGUUGUAGAAAUAAAGAGAGACUGCUUUUUCAAAUUCAGUGUUUACAUGUGGUUUUCAAUAUGUCCAAAAUGUAAUUAUCAGUGAAACUUGAUUUUGUACAGAUCAUAUUGACAUUGAUCAUUGAUCAUAUUGGUAAAUAUUUAUCGGCCAUAACCGCAAUUUUAAUGUUAUCUGUAUAGGCUACAAUUUCCAUAUUAGUGGAUCCCUUGUAUGUUGUGUGUUUUCGCCUUUCACACUGUUAAACAGGGUUGCCACGUGUCUGGAAAGACCUGAAAGUGCAUGAAUUAAAAAGAUAGAAACGAAGAACUUUAAAGAUCUUGGAUUUACCAAAAGGUCCUUGAUUUUGAGCUUUGGUCUGUCAACUUUGAACAAUUCAACAGUUAUGGGGCAAGAAAACUAUAUUUGUGGCGAGACGUCAACAGUUUUGUGGCAACAAAACUGGAUAUUUUUCUACCAAGAUGUAGACGAUUUUUGGCCACAAAAACCGAUAUUUCUAACGAGGCAUAGACGAUUUUUUGGCGACAACUGGGCAUUUUUAUUGAGACAUUAAAUUAUUUGUGGUGACUAAACAGGAUUUAGCAAGACGACAACGAUUUUCUGUGUAAAUUACUUGUCCUUAAUUUUGAAACAAUUUGUCUUUGAAAAGUACUUGAACUGUUAAAUUACAAAAGAGUGGCAACCGUGGUUUAAGCCAGUCACACAUUUUACAA